GGAGACCGGAUAUAGUGAAUGCGGGGUCCGGGGAGAGCGGAUAUAGUGAAUGCAGGGUCCGGGGAGAGCGGAUAUAGUGAAUGCGGGGUCCGGGGAGAGCGGAUAUAGUGAAUGCAGGGUCCGGGGAGAGCGGAUAUAGUGAAUGCAGGGUCCGGGGAGAGCGGGAUAUAGUGAAUGCAGGGUCCAGGCAGACCGGAUGUAGUGAAUGCAGGGUCCGGGGAGACCAGGAUAUAGUGAACGCAGGGUCCAGGGGAGACCGGAUAUAGUGAAUGCAGGGGACGGGGAGACCGGAUAUAGUGAAUGCAGGGACGGGGAGACCGAUAUAGUGAAUGCAGGGACUGGGGAGACCAGAUAUAGUGAAUGCAGGGUCCGAGCAGACCAGAUAUAGUGAAUGCAGGG